AUGACUGACAGGAUCUACCCUGCUUCCAAGCCCAACUCCAACCCUCCCCAGACGCUCAACGGAAACGGCAACCCGAGCUUCCCCGCCACCAAAGCUCAGCUCUACGGUGCUACUCGCCCCGUGUACCGUCCUCAGCCCAAAUCACGGCGCCACCGCCGUAGCUGUUGCUGUCUCUGUUGCCUUUGGAGUACGCUUCUCAUCAUCGCUCUCGUCUUCCUAGCCGCCAUUGCCGCUGGAGUUGUAUGGCUCCUCUACCAUCCUCAGCGCCCCACUUUCUCUGUCUCCACCGUCCGGAUCUCCCGGUUCAACCUCACCACCUCCAAAGACACUACUUCUCACCUUAAUUCCCAACUGGAUCUCGCCAUUUCAACUCGAAACCCCAACAAGAAGAUCGUCUUCUUAUACGAUCCCAUCACCGUCACUGUGAGCUCCACCGGCGUCGAUGUAGGAAACGGAUCGUUCCCGUCCUUCACUCAUGGCACUAAGAACACCACCACGCUGAAAACCUCAAUAUCAUCCAGUGGAGCCGCAGAUCUGGAUGCGGCGUCCGCCACUUCGCUCAAGUCAGAUCUGAAGAGGAAGAACGGGUUACCGUUGGAAAUUCAGUUGGAGACGAAAGUCAAAGUGAAGAUGGGAAGCCUCAAGACUAAGAAGGUUGGGGUUAGAGUUACAUGCGAUGGAAUCGAUGUUGCUGCUCCCAAGGGUAAGACUCCGUCCUCACUGUCUCCGUCGUCAGAUCCCAAAUGUAAGGUCGAUCUUCGAUUCAAGAUCUGGAAAUGGACCUUCUAG